GUAUCACUUGAAGGGGGCCUGCCAGUUCGGCUCUGACUGCUCGUUCGCGCAUUCCUGCGCCGAGCUCCAGGCCACACCAGAUUUGCGGAAGACACGGCUUUGCACUGCCUUCUUUGAGGGUGGUGGGUGCAAUGAUGCAAGCUGCACCUUCGCACACAGUGAAGAAGACCUGCGAUCGACCGACAUGUUCUUCAAGAAGACCUUGUGCAUCUGGAACGAGAAGGGCAAAUGCCGCAAUGGAGAGCAGUGCCGCUUUGCUCACGGGGUUCACGAGCUUCGCCUCAAUACGAAGGGCGCCGAGAAGGCUGUGCUGGAGGAGGACGAUGGCAAGGAUAAUUUGAACACCAACGAGGAUAUGGGUCGCCAAGUUAGCGACACAAGCCAGGUCACCACGGCGAGUGGAGUUACGACUGUCAGCCAGGUCACCCAAGCCAGCCA